AACCAGCAUGCGAUGCAAGCAGAGAAACGGGCAAAGAGUUAGCUAAGGUAGGAUGUCAGAGAUAAGGCACCUGCAGCCGGGUGUCGCCAUCUCAGCCGUAGUCUUGCUGUUAGGCAUGGCCCUGGCGCCGGCGACACCAGCGUCGGCUCAGCCAUUGCCUGGCUGCCCUGACAAGUGCGGCAACAUCAGCAUCCCCUACCCCUUCGGCAUCGGCGCCGUCUGUGCCCGCGGGCCCAAAUUCCAGCUCGAGUGCAACCACACCUACUCCCCUCCGCGCCUCAUCGCCGUCAUCGAUUCCCAAUCCAAUUUGGAGAUCCAUCUCGAAAGCCUGUCCCUCGCCGAUGGUGAGGCCCGGAUAUACAACAACGCGUCGCGGAGCUUGUACAACCACAGCACGGGGGACCUCGUCCGCACAAACGACGUCGUGUACUUGUUCUUGGGACGGGAAGGCCCUUACCGCUUCUCGUCGGCCAAGAACCGUUUCGUCGCACUCGGCUGCCCCAACCUCGGCCUUCUAUUAGACGCCACAGAAAAUUACGUGACCGGUUGCAUAUCCCUGUGCCGGUCGUCGCCGCUCGCCGUGUCAGCAGGGGCGUGCGCCGGCGUGGGAUGCUGCCAGAGCUCGAUACCCUCCGGUCUCCACACCUACUACGUGAACCAGGACAAGCCCAAGAACGUCACCCUUCAGUAUUAUGCCGCCACUGAUUACCGCUACGUGUUCUUGGCGGACGCCGAGUGGCUCAGUACCAGCUACCGCGGUGACUUCAACCGGACCGGCGACUUCGCCGUGCCCGUCGUGCUGGAUUGGGCCAUCCGGGAAGUCGGCAGCUGCGAAGCCGCCAUGCGCAACAAGGCGGACUACGCGUGCCGGAGCGCCAACAGCGACUGCGUCGACUCCACCGAGGGAGAAGGCUACCGCUGCAACUGCUCCAGGGGCUACGAGGGGAACCCCUACCUCGACGGUGGAUGCCAAGACAUCGACGAGUGCGAGCGAGAUAAGGACGCAUGCUUCGGCAACAAGUGCACCAACACGCUAGGAGGGUACUUGUGCAUGUGCCCGCCAGGUGCUCGUGGUAACCCGCUCAUUGAAAAAGGCUGCGUCAAAACUGAUCUAGGUUUAACUAUUGGUAUUGGAGUUGGCAGUGGUGCGGGGCUUUUGGCCAUGGCAUUCGGUGCAGUCUUUUUAACACGUAAGAUCAAGAAUCGUAGAGCAAACAUGCUUAGACAGAUGUUCUUUAAGCAGAACCGUGGGCAUUUGUUGCAACAAUUGGUAUCUCAAAAUACCGACAUUGCUGAAAGGAUGAUCAUCCCCUUAGCAGAACUGGAAAAAGCCACAAACAAAUUUGAUGAAUCUCGUGAGAUUGGAGGAGGAGGGCACGGCACCGUUUAUAAAGGGAUUCUAUCGGAUCUUCAUGUUGUUGCGAUCAAGAAAUCAAAGGUAGCAAUCCAAAGAGAGAUUGAUGAGUUCAUAAACGAGGUAGCCAUUCUCUCACAGAUUAACCAUCGCAAUGUGGUGAAACUUUUUGGAUGUUGCCUAGAGACAGAAGUGUCAUUGUUGAUUUAUGAAUUCAUAUCGAAUGGUACCCUUUACCACCAUCUUCAUGUUGAAGGGCCAUUAUCAUUGUCAUGGGAAGAUAGACUCAGAAUUGCAACUGAAACAGCUAGAGCCCUCGGCUACCUUCACUCGGCUGUAUCAUUCCCCAUAAUUCACAGGGACAUCAAGUCCCAUAACAUCUUAUUAGAUGGCUCCCUAACAGCAAAAGUAUCAGACUUUGGAGCUUCAAGGUGUAUUCCUGCUGAACAGACAGGAGUCACAACUGUUAUUCAAGGAACACUAGGAUACUUAGACCCCAUGUACUCUUACACGGGACGUCUCACCGAGAAGAGCGACGUUUUUAGCUUUGGUGUUGUUCUAAUAGAGUUACUUACUAGGAAAAAACCAUACUCAUACAGAUCACCUGAGGAUGACGGUCUUGUUUCGCAUUUCACUACGCUACUCACACGUGACAACUUGGGUCACAUACUUGAUCCUCAAGUCGUGGAAGAGGGAGGAAAAGAAGUUAAAGAAGUAGCUUUGUUAGCUGUGGCAUGUGUCAAGCUGAAAGCAGAGGAGCGGCCCACUAUGAGACAGGUGGAAAUGACACUUGAAAGCAUAAGAUCAUUGUUUCUGCAGCAAGAAGCUAUACAUAGCAUGGCCAAUAAAAGUUCUAAGGAGAAUCAUGUCUCAAUGAGUUACCCGGCAAAUGAAGGCACAAGUAUGGAGUCGACAAAACAGUAUAGCCUUGAAGAAGAGUACUUGCUCUCUUCAAGGUAUCCCAGGUAGUGGAAAUUUUUUUAAAAUAUAAAGCGUUGUCACAAUGUACAAGGUAUGAAAGGCACGCGGUCCAAAGCUAUAUGCACAACCGUGUUUUGUUGAUGUUCAUCUGAAUGUGUAUUUUUGUCAUCUUUCUUCCAGGCGCAUGAAAUUAACCUUUGUAUUAUGUUGAUAAUUUAUGCAAUCACAUUACCUUCA